AUGAAUGAACCAAUGAACAAAGGCAAGAGCUUCGUCAUCACUGCAGCGCAGUGUGAAUCACUCUUGCGAAAAUAUUCAGCUUCUCAUUCCCUUUCUGAAACUAAACAGUUGCAUGCUUUUAUCCUCACCUUUGGCCUAUUCUCCUCCUCCAACCUUUGUUCUAAGCUUGUCACAACCUACGCGCAAUGCCACCAUGCUUCCUAUGCGUCCCAACUGUUUGAUAUGUUGCCCCAACGAAGUUUGUUCUCCUGGAACACUAUGAUGAGGAUGUAUGUUCAAAUUGGUCGCCCCCAUGAUUCCCUGAACUUAUUUUUUGAAAUGCUCGAUUCGGGUCAGACUCUGCCUGACAACUUCACAUACCCAGUUGUUAUCAAGGCUUGUGGUGAAUUGUCCUUGAUUGAUAUGGGCGUUGGAGUUCAUGGACAGACAUUUAAGGCUGGAUUUGAUUUGGACACGUUUGUCCAGAACUCUUUGUUGGCAAUGUAUAUGAAUGCAGGAAAGAAAGCAGCAGCACAAUUGGUUUUUGACUUUAUGCAGGAACGAACCGUGGUGUCUUGGAAUACCAUGAUUAGUGGUUACUUUCGGAAUAACUGUGCGGAGGAGGCGCUUAGGGUUUAUAAUAGAAUGAUGAGUGUUGGUUUGGAGCCUGAUUGUGCAACCGUGGUUUCAGUAUUGCCAGCUUGUGGGCUUUUGAAGAAUGUGGAGCUUGGGAGAGAGGUUCAUGCCUUAGCUCAGGAGAAAGGGUUUUGGGGAAAUAUGUUAGUUAGGAAUGCAAUGCUGGACAUGUAUGUUAAGUGUGGAAGGAUGAAAGAAGCGCGGUUAUUAGUGAAUGGGAUGGUUGAGAAGGAUGUGGUGACAUGGACAACAUUGAUUAAUGGAUAUAUUUUGAAUGGUGAUGCAAGAAGUGCUUUGAUGCUUUGUCGGAUGAUGCAGUGUGAAGGAGUGAAACCAAAUUCAGUAAGUAUAGCUUCUCUACUAUCAGCCUGUGGCAGUUUGGUUUCUUUGAACCAUGGCAAGUGCCUGCAUGCGUGGGCAAUAAGGCAAAAGCUUGAGUGUGAGGUUAUUGUGGAGACUGCCUUGAUUGAUAUGUAUGCCAAAUGCAAUCAUGGCAACCUAAGUUAUAAAGUGUUUAUGAAAACCUCAAGAAAGAGAACGGCCCCAUGGAAUGCGGUUCUAUCCGGUUUCAUACAUAAUAGGCUUGCAAGAGAAGCAAUAGAACUCUUUAAACAAAUGUUAGUGGCAGCCGUACAACCUGACAAUGCAACCUUUAAUAGUCUUCUUCCUGCAUAUGCUAUUCUUGCCGACCUCCAACAGGCAAUGAACAUACAUUGUUACCUUAUAAGAUCAGGAUUUCUUUACUGUCUUGAAGUAGCAAGUAUUCUAGUUGAUAUAUACUCGAAGUGUGGAAGUUUAGGAUAUGCUCAUCAGAUUUUUAAUAUAAUUCCUCUUAAGGACAAGGAUAUUAUUAUUUGGAGUGCAAUAAUUGCAGCUUAUGGAAAGCAUGGACAUGGUGUAAUGGCUGUGUCACUUUUCAAUCAGAUGGUACAAUCUGGAGUAAAACCAAAUCAAGUUACUUUCACCUCUGUUUUGCAUGCUUGCAGCCAUGCAGGUUUAGUUGAUGAGGGUUUGUCUUUGUUCAAGUUUAUGCUUAAACAGCAUCAGAUUAUUCCUCACGUUGAUCAUUAUACCUGUAUCAUUGAUCUUCUUGGCCGUGCUGGUCAACUGAAUGAUGCUUAUAAUCUUAUUAGAACAAUGCCAAUAACACCUAACCAUGCUGUAUGGGGUGCACUACUCGGCGCUUGUGUGAUUCAUGAGAACGUUGAACUGGGAGAGGUGGCUGCUAGGUGGACUUUUGAGCUUGAGCCUGAAAAUACCGGCAAUUAUGUUCUGUUGGCAAAACUUUAUGCUGCCGUAGGAAGGUGGAGAGAUGCAGAAAACGUUAGAGAUAUGGUAAAUGCGGUGGGAAUAAGAAAACUUCCUGCUCACAGUUUAGUUGAGGUCAGAAAUGUGUGAAUUGAACUUGUUCAUUUUGUCAGCUUAACAACAUUUGCCCACAAACACAAAAAUUCUAUCCAAGAAUGAGAGUCAUUAUUGCUGUAGCUCUGACAGACCCUGUAAAAUGGGUAAAGGUAUUUCCUUUAUAGAGGGGGAAGUGCCUACUUGUUGCCAUUAUGUCAACUGUGAUGGAGGGUAUUGCUGGUCUUCUUGGUGACGUAUUGCUUCAAUAAUGUUUCGCAAGUAUAGUGUUCAAGGCAGAGAUUUGGACUACAAUUUCCUUGAAUACACUUGUGUUACUA